CACUGUACAGGAAGUGGUGUCAGAGGAAGUCGCCUGCAUUCGCGGAAGUGGUGUUCUCCGUGUGUUUUCUGUGAUGUGUUGUGUGUGAUUGGGAAUUUAUUCAUUUCGCUGUGAUGUCGGUGCUUUACAUGGAUAAAUUAAGUCGUAUUUAUGAGCGCUAUCAGGAGUAUGUGAGGUCGAACCCAGCAGCCGCGUCUCACGUGGAGAGCGCAGUCCGCGCGCUGAGUUACCUGAUCGCAGGUCGCUUCUCAGACUCUCAUGAGAUCUCAGAGUUGGUCUACUCAGCAUCUAACCUUCUAGUGCUGCUGAACGAUGGUAUCUUGAGGAAGAAUCUCUCUCGGACAUUGCCUAUGACUCUCUCUCAGCAGAGACUGUUAACCUGGUUGUCUGUACUGGAGUAUGUGGAGGUUUUCACUGAGAUGGGGGCUGCCAAGCUGUGGGGAGAAGCUGGACGCUGGCUAGUUAUUGUUCUUAUUCAGAUUGCCAAAGCGAUCCUGCGUUGUCUCUUGCUUUUCUGGUACAAAUCAGGCAUCCAGACGUCACCUCCUAUAAUUCCUCUGGACAGGGAUUCUCAGCUCCGUAGUCAAGAGAACAAUUCGGAAGAAGAUGAUGAGGACACUUCUUUCGUGGGCCAGCGUUCAGGAAGAGUGGUGAGACCACUGGGAAGCGCACCAUCGUUACAGUCUCGUCUUUGGGGUCUCCCUCAGAAAAACACAAAAAAUUGGAAUCGAGAAAAGGAUAUUCACUCAAGCCCCACACCUCUGGGUCUGCAGGAAACCAUCGCAGAAUCCCUGUACAUCGCAAGACCGCUUGUUCAUUUGGCCAGUCUUGGGAUUUGCGGAAAACGUUCCUGGAAACCUUGGAUCAUCUCUGGUCUCUUAGAGAUAACCAGUUUCAGUUUGUUGAGCGACUUCAAGACGCUGAACCGCAGAGAGAGGGCUGAGAUGAGGAGACGGGCCUUCCUUCUCCUCUACUACCUGCUCCGCUCCCCCUUCUAUGACCGAUACUCUGAGACGAAGAUCCUCUUCCUCCUUCACUUUUUGGCAGAUUAUGUUCCUGGAGUCGGUUUGGUUGCACGUCCGCUGAUGGAGUACUUGCCCAUUUGGCAGAAGAUCUACUUUUAUAACUGGGGCUGACCUCAAAGUGAAUCUUUCACAGGACAGUGGCGCCCAAAUGUUAGAAGAAUGAGAGGAAGCCAUUUAGAGGAUGCGACAGCGACACAAGGACUCGAAUCACACCUGUGCCAGAACAUUACCACAUUUAUUGAGGAGUUUAGCAGUCAGGGAGUCACAGGUACACUGCUGGCAUAUGAGAAUAUAUAUCUGGAUAAUGAUUUUCCGAAUGCGGUUUUGUUUAUCUUUUAGCUCUCACAAUUUUAUGCAUCUGAGCCUUUUUUGUGCACUUUUAAACAUCUGUUAUCUUGUUAAACUUCAAGCUCUCCUGUACCAUAAUCUAUCCCUCAGCACGAAUGCCUUCCUUUUAAUUUAGAUGUUUAUUUCCAAGGAGGAUAGUUUUAUCGAACACAAUAAUCAACUGGCUGAAAUGAAGUCAAUUAGACAGAUGUUCUGUUUUUUGUUUGUUCUGUUUCGUGCCUCAGAUGAGAUGAAGCUGAAUGUGAUACUUUUAAUUGCAGCUACAGUUGGUCAUUAAAUGGAAUGGUCUAUCAAAUAUAAAGGUCCCCCAUCAUUUCACAGGACAGCAAUGAGGCUUUUGUUUCUAAAGCAACAUUAUGAGCGUGUUUUUUCACUGUGUGUGAAAUAAACUCAUUCGAGUCUGUUUUAAAACCCAUCAUUAAUUUGAUUGAUUUUGAAGACCUGAAGCAAAAAUGUAAAGCAUGCCUGUUUUGAAAUGCUGAAAGUGUAAAAUUGGAUAAUUGGUUUUGUAUAUAAUUAAAUGCAUUUAAUAAAUCUUUAAAUAAUA